AUGCCUGCUGGUCCUGAAACCCAAGGCAAUAUAUCAAGAGGUGCUUCUACUCAAGUGGCACACACGCGGACAUUGAAAUCUAUACGCACCGAGAUGAAGAAGGAGAAACCGAAAACCACAGUCUACAUCAGCUUGUUGUCCGAUGAUGAGGAGGAGUGCUCCCAGAAUGUCUAUGAAAUUGAGGACAGCGACAAUGCUUCGACUAGAGCGCCAACCCAACACAGACCAUCAUUGAGCCACCCUACUACCAAACGGCAGCAGUCGUCCACGGUCAAGAAAAAGCGACGCCCCGAUGCACGAUCUGCUACGGGCGAGAUGAACCGAGCCGUUCGAGAAACAUCGCUCAAUGUGGCCAACACAUCGAGAGCGCGAACUCCAAAAGCCAUCUCGAGGAUGUCUCCCAUUAUCAUCGAUGACGACAUCAGUAGCGACGACGAAGACAUUCCUAGUCAUAUAGACCGUGAUACCGUCACCCUUGGCACUACGAAGCGGCUGUUGUUUCCUCCUCCCGUCGGAGUCAGAAAACCCAUUGUAUUCUUGGAGAGGGCAAUGUCUCUGCAAACAAAGCCGAAACCUCUACCAUCGACGCUACGACCGAUAACUGUAGAGAUACACCAGCGACCAAAGGGUCAAGAGCCUAUUGUGACGAUUGAAAUAUCAGAUGAUGAAAGCGAUCAGAGCAAUGCGGAUGAACAGCCAGUCGUGCCACAACAAUGCCCCCGAAACAGGCCACAGCAAGAAGAGCCUAAGAGAGAAGCCAAGAAUAAGGACAAGAAGUGCAAAAAGAACAAGAAAUACAAAAAGAGUGUAAAUAGAGAAAAGGUCAAACCGAAGAGUCCCCAAACCACUAUCGAAAGCGAGGUUUCGACUGUCGAGCGGCCCAAGUCAUGUCUAAAACGCAGCAACCCAGACAGCAGCGAACGUACGCCGUCUGCAAAAAGAGUCAAACUCGAAGUCAAGCCUGAAAUCAGCAAAAGCUCUCAAACCUCUGUUUACAGUGUGCCCGUUUACAAAGACUGCGCAGUUCAGGCUGACCUGCCCCCACGAGCUGCAGUUCAGCAUGCGAGCGCUCAAACGCCGCCAUGCUCUGACUUGGAUGUUGGUGAUGCUACGACAAGUAUUAAGAGGGAACCUCCAUCAGAAAUUCCUAAACAAAUCAGUAUGGAAAUCGGUCCCAUGGAGUAUGGCCCAACCAUGACAAUGGCACACGACUUUAGUCCUUCGCGCCAGAGACCUCACUGGACGCCAGCGGAACAUCUGGAUUUAAUUCGGGAGCAGAGUUCAUUGGUGCGAGCACAAAUUGGGCUUUGCAGACAAUUUCACGAAUACCGCGCCAUGGAGCACGAGGCAUUUGUGUUUAAGUGUCGGCGAAAGGUGCAACAGCUGGCGUGGGGUGCGAUGCCUACGCUGUUUCGAAGCAGAAAACGCCGAUUUGAAGAGAUUUGCAGUGAAGAGAAAUAG